AGUGAAGCUGGCCAUUCGCCUCACGUUGUGUUCUGCUGUGACGCGCUUGAUUCGUAAGUAGUUGGCCCUGUUGGCUUGCAUACGACUCCAAACCGUCGUGACGCGGUGACAGUACGUUUCAAUUAUUUAUAGUCGGACGAUAUAAGUGUGACUAGUGUUUUUCCACUCUCAUUGUUUAAUGUGAGACUAACUAUUCAACAGAAUGCUGAUAAUCGGAGUUGAGAACGAAGGCCUUCUACGAAAAGACGUGAAUAUCGAGCAAACAUUGAAACAAGCAUUUCGUUCCCCGUAUCUACUACAUAAGGCUGCAGGGUAAUUCUUGUACAGCAUUGAUUUCGAAAAAUGGGGGAAGAUUUUACGAGAAAGAAAACUAGAAACAAAUUUUGACCCUGAAGAUGUCCGGUGCCCCUGACGGAGGCUGGGGAUGGAUCGUCGUGGCCGCCGUCACCAUCAGUAACCUGGCGCUCUUACCGAUUCAACAAAGCUUCGGUCUCGUGUUUGAGAGCCGGUUUUCUGAGCUAGGAAUGACGGCGACAGAGACGUCAUUCAUUUUCUCUUUCACCGCGGCAAUUAUGUGUAGUCUGGGACUGAUAAACGGACCUCUGAUGAAGAAAUUCUCGUUCCGAACCGUCGCCUACUUGGGAACGACUUUCAUCUUCUUCGGAAUCUGUCUUGCCGCCUUUGCCGAAUCUUUGGGGACCAUAAUCGCCGCCUACUGUAUUUUCAUAGCCAUCGGACAAGGCAUGAUGUAUUCCGCGAUCAGCUUGGCUCUGAACACAUACUUCUCUAAGAAACGGAGCGUCGCAAUGGGCCUGACGAUUACACUCACUGGUUUGGGUCCGAUAUUGAUGCCUCAACUGAUCGUCAGGUUUCUGAAUUCCUACGGAACGACGGGAACGAUACUGAUUCUUGCCGCAAUUGCGCUGCACUCGUUUAUCGGGGCGAGUCUCCUGCGUCCUCUGGAUACAAACAUCAAGAUUUCGGACGUGGAACUAGUCCCAGUUGUUCCUGGAGACCCGGAAGCUCCGAGUCACGACAUAGAAACCGGCAAUAAAACCGAGACCGCCAAUGAUCUCAGCAGAAGUGCCGCCAGCGCUGCUCCGGAAGAGGUCAAGCUAGUCGCCAACCUUCGCGGGAAUGAAAACAGGGAUAAACAACGCCAUGCCAGCGUAGUCGAUGACAACUUAAUGCCUCGUGUCGAAACAUGUAUGACAUACUGUCGUCACAUACUGUCGAAAAUUGCAGCCAGCCUCGAGCUUGAUCUUCUCCGUAACAAUCACUUCCUGGUCAUCAUCCUCGGAAUGGGGAUAACACUCGUAUCCGAGUACAAUUUCAACUCGAUGAUACCCUUGAUACUCUCAGAACUGGCGAACCUCACACCCCCCGAAGUCGCGACGGUAAUGUCUGUCCAGGCCUCGGCUGACAUAACUGGAAGACUCUGCGUUCCACUGAUCACCCAAAAGUUCGGCUGGCCUUCCAUGAACCUCUACGCCGUUUCCUUGUUGGGCUCAAUCCUAGGACGAUCAGUCCUCGCAACGUGGAGCAGCUCGUACACGGUAAUAAUUGCGUCUUCUGUCCUCCUCGGGAUCGCCAAAGGUACCAAGGCCGUAUUUCAAGCUCUGGUUGUCCCAGACAAUGUUCCUUUGGCAAGGUUACCCGCAGCUUCCGGUCUCCUGAUGGUCUGCAAUGGUGUCCUGUCGAUAACCCUGGGCCCACUGAUAGGCUUGGUGCACGACAAGACACACAGCUACGUGGGAGCUCUUCAUUUCACAUCGGCCCUGAGCCUUUCCUGCAUACUUCUAUGGAUCGGCGAACACGUGUACAACUCGAGCAGGAAAACUUCAAAGGAACCGAACGAAGACGGGAAAAACUGUGAGGAAAACUAGUCAACUUAUGAGUCGCGUACAGCUGUGGGUCCACGAAGACUCUUGUAAAAUUGCAUAAUGAGUUGGAAAUAAUGAAUCG